AUGAGCGCCGCAUCAUCGUCUUCUUCUUCAAUUCGUAGAUUGCCCCCCCUGGUGUUCCCUGCCACGGGACGUCACACAGCUACCGUCAUAUUCACUCACGGCUUGGGAGACACCGGUCAUGGAUGGUCCGAUGCCGUUGAGCUGUGGCGGAGGCGACAGCGCCUGGAGGAGAUCAAGUUUAUCCUGCCGCAUGCGCCGUCUAUCCCAAUCACCAUGAACGGCGGCUUUCAAAUGCCGGGAUGGUUUGACAUUCGGACAAUUGAAAAGGGAGGAAACGAAGACAGACAGGGCAUUUUGAGGUCACGGGAUUACUUCCACGGCCUUAUUCAGCAGGAGAUCAAAGAUGGCAUUCCAGCAGAACGCAUCAUCCUCGGCGGCUUUUCGCAAGGUGGUGCCAUGAGCAUUUUGGCCGGGCUUACGGCCCCUGUCAAGAUUGGAGGCAUCGUCGGCCUCUCAUCGUGGCUCCUCCUGGCGCAAAAAUUCAAGGAAAUCGUUCCCGAGGGCGACAUGAACAAAGCUACGCCCAUCUUUAUGGGGCACGGCGAUAAGGAUCCCUUGGUGCGCUACGAUCUGGCGCUGGAAAGCGAAAAGGCCUUGAAGGACCUGGGCUACAGUGUUGACCUGAGGACGUAUAGGGAAAUGCAGCACUCGGCGUGCUUGGAGGAGUUGAACGACGUGGAGGCUUUCCUGGUAGAGAGGCUGCCUCGGAAACAAACAUGA